AUGACACAGUACGUGCUUUCCGUCCAUCAAAUUUAUCUCAGGCCAAAAGGUGCCAUGGCAUUAAUGACAGCUGUAUUUAUUGCUAUGGAACAAUUAAAUCAUGCAAUUCAUUUUUAUAUUUAUACAUUAACUGGUCGAGUUUUUCGAAAUGAGCUAAUACAAUUAUUUAAUUUUUCCAAAUAUACUUCAUUAAGACAACAAAAAUCAUCGUCAAUAAGACGAAUGAAUAAUGAUCAUCAACUUAAUAGUAUAUUAAAACAAAAAACUAAUCAUCAUAAUGCUUAA